GUACCGCAGCGUGUGCUUUAAUCCGACUACACUCUUACCCACAUUCUCUGUCAGCUCGCUUCGUCGAUGCGAUUGACCUUCAAAAAACACUUCAAAGUAUUGUACAACUAGGUACGGACCCAUAGGAAGUCAGAUCAACAUAACGACCAUUCGAAAACCAGCGCCGACUUGACGGAAGGAACCCGAAGAAUCUUUGACAUAAGUUUUACUGUCAAUUUUAGACGCCUACCUCAAAGAUUCACUCGCAUGGGGGACAAUCGCAAUUGAUGGCAGUCUCUGUCCAAGCACCUUUCUAUUCGAAGUCAGGCAUGUGGAACCUGGGCGAUCCUCCUACCGCAUUCUCCUCCUCAGUGUCGGAAGGGUUACCAGCUUCCAUGUCCUAUCAGUAUCCGUUGCCUACCCCUGGUUUGGAUUCCUCCUCGAACAUGAUCCCUAGCUUUCAUCAUCCAUCCUCUUUAGAUCACCACGCGCAAACACCUCCACCAGUUCAAGGCAAGCUAGAAUCACCAAGUCUGAAGAAUCGUGUCAACCCAGGGGCCGGAUCCAAAGCAGCAAAGGUAAAGAGAUCGAUGUCGACUCCAAACGUACGAGGCCAGGCCACAGCGGACGCAGCCGCGCUGGCUCUGUCGGCAGAGAAGAGAAGAAAUAAGCUGGGCUACCAUAGGACUUCCGUAGCAUGUGGACACUGCCGCAGGAGGAAGAUCAGAUGCAUUCCAGCACCCGGCGAUGCCCAGAGUCGCUGUUCAAAUUGCAUCAGAUUGAAGAAGGAAUGUAACUUCUACCCGGUCGAUCAAGCGCCUCCUCCAGAUCCUCGACGCAGGGGUUCAAAGAGUCAAAGCGGGCCGGAAAGGACUUCUGAAUCAUCAUCGCCCUCAACAGCAUCCGGACAACUCCCAGAAAUGGCACCCACUCUGCCUUAUCCACCUUUGAACAUGCCUCCCAUCCAGGAUCUUGGUGGGCCCCACAUGAAGAGGCAAAGAACAGAAAGCUUUUCCCCAGAAAAUAAAGUUGUCACCUCUUCGCGUACAUUUGAAUACAACACGGCGCCUCAUCAGGGUGCUACCAACUGGAUGGCUCCUGAUGCGUCACCAGGCACCAAGCCUCAGACGGAGGUCUCUCAGUCCUUCUGGAGGGUAAAUCAACAAGAGUCUCCACUAACACCAGCAUUCUCUCCAUUCACACCAAGCCUGCAGAUUCCGCCUCCUCAGAACUGGCCAGCUUCCCAUCCAGAGGCCAGCCCUCGAGAGGAAAUUGGAUGGAAUGUCCCCCAACGAUCCAUCUCGUACAGUAAUCUGGAAGGCCUACACAAUCAUCAACAGUACCCACCUUAUCCGAAUCCACCCCCACAAGCGGGUCCGGAAUCGUACACGCCAAAACCACGAGUACUCCACUCUUCCGGCAUGUAUCCGCCUCCUAUCCAGACUUCUGGCGCCGCAGUACCUCCGUACGAGGCAGUAUCAACAACGUCGAGCGAUACGCCGCAUCCCCACUCUGCGCAAUCUUUGCCCCCAGUCCACAUGUCAUCAAACUGGCAACAGCCGUAUUCUUAUCAGAAGCCGGCUAGCGCAGGACCUGAGUAUCAUGAAGGAUGGAGUGCAGGCCAUGGAGGACAACCCCAUCUUCAACAACAGUCGGCACCACCACCUCCUCCUGCAUAUGGAUAUCCUGAUCAUGGACAUGGGAUGUAUUAUCCUCCACCUCAUCAAGGACGUUAGCUGUAAAUAGGGGCUGAGUGGGAGGAUUUGCUUGAGGGGGGAAAGCAUGAAGUAAUUUCUAGAUCUGGACAAAAGUACGGGCUGUUGGGAGGGUUUUGAAAGGCUACGAUUCUUUGGGAUGUGGGCACACUGGCUAGAAAGGCAUGUGAGCUUUGGCAAGUGCUCUUUGAACUAACUUGCAAGGGUGGAGAGGACUACAAACUCAUCGGCUGCCCAAGAAUGUGGCUAUACGACUCUGCGGCUUUGCGCGAGGGGACUGUGGAUAG